GGAGGGGAGGGGAGCUAGGGGGGUAAAGGCGGAACAAACCGGUGUGCUCAGAUACAUGCUGUAGCUGCUCGCCCGCACUGCAGAUUAACCCUUACCGCUCCGGGAGAAGCCACCAGACACGGUGAGUGGAUUUUUUAUGCUUUCCCCUUUGCAUGCACAUGCCUCAGAGAAGCGUGGCUGUACCGGUGUCAGACCCUCCGGUGUGGACAGGUAGGCGGCUGUUGCAGGUACAGAGCAUCACAGACACGGUUCAGCACACCAACUCACUCACACACACACAAACACACACUUGAAACGCUGCUCUUGGUGUUGAGCAGCUGGCUAUUCGGGAGCUGUCCGCCGCUCAGGUGCUGAAACGUCUCGUCAUCCACAGGCAGCUGCAGCUCUCUGCAAUGCCGGGAAAGUGGUCCUCCUGGCGGACGUUCUCCUGGAGUCCUGCACCAUCAGAUCUGUCAGCAGCACAGACGAGAAUCUGAGCUCAACAAGAGUCAAAUAGGACCAAAAUCAUCCUCUGAAAUGUCCCUGCCGUGUUUCCAUAGGGACGAGCUAAUGGUUAAAAGUGAUAACAGGAUACUUUUUGUUUCAUCCUCUUACAAUAGUCUAAAAAUGUGUUCUGUCUGCAGCAGUUCUCAAGUCUGAUCGGUUCUCUAUCUGAAAAUAAGAGUCAGCUCUGAAAGUUUCUCCCGCUUCAGUCUUCGUUUUUACUUGUAGUUGCUGAGCAGGGAUUAUUUCCCUCAGAGGGGGUUCAGGAGCUCCCUCUUUGUACCCGACUGCUCUGCUUGGAUCCGGAGGGAUGCUGUGGCAGCCAAAGACUGUGGGAUUCCCUCUCUGAAUGCCGGACUGAAAGGCAUUAUCUGUUGGACUGGAUCCGUGCCAGCAGCUCACAGACAGCAGUGCAGCCACACACUGAGCAUCAAAACACAACACUGCUCCUUUAAAUUUUAAAUUAUGCAAAGUUUAUUUCCCUUCUUCCUCAAAACAGCUUGUAAGGAUGAGAAGAAAGUUACUCUGGUGUCACCAGGUAGUUUGAUGUGUUCUGUAUGUUACGGUGACACCUCAGAUACCUGCAUGAUUUCACUCGCAAAUCUAAUCUUUAUAAGGGUUAUUUUGAUUACAUUUCAAAGGGAUCCUCCUCUAUGAUCUUCCUCAAAAAGAGUGCAGCAGUCUCCCUGCGUGCUCGUGAAACUACAGCAUCAAGGUUUCCUCUAUGGAAAUGUGGAGUAUUCUUUGAAACUCUGGAGUACGGCGCUUUGAUUUCAGGAUUUCCCUGAUUAACUGUGUCUGUCAGUGAGAGAAAAAGUGGAAGAAAGGCACAAAGAGAGAUGGAGACGGAGGAUCAUUAAUGAUACAUGGUGAUGCAUUCUCACCCCCCCUUAGAGGACAUUCACAUAACCUUCAUGUGAAAUGAGCAUGCAGAGGCUGUGAUCCCACUUUUCAUACGUCUUUAUCUGUUUGCAAACAUGCACUGACAUGCACACGCUCAGACCGACCUCAUAUAACAGCCCUUUGACCGGAGUGUGUGCUCACUGAACUCCUCUUUGCGAACACACUGUUCCUCAGACCACCAGGAGUCCAGACUGGGCAGGGAGAGAGUUUGGAAACAGCCAAGUCAAAAUAAGUGAUUCACACAUUCAGGUGAGGGGAACAUUUGUCAAAAUCCAAACCUGAGUUCUGCUUUUCAUCUGUUUUUGGUUAGCACACUCUCUGGAGAAUAAAUGUGCCCUUUAGUGUCCUUGUUCGAUCAAAAGAAAAAGCCCUGCUCAGAUCUAAACCCUCUCGCACACUCCACUGGUCAGAGAGGAGGAUUAGUCCUCAGCCAGCUGACUGCAUCACAGAGACGACAGACAGGGACAGACUGCUUUCCUGAAGAGGGUGUGAGAUAGGAGUGGGACAGUACACAAAAACCAUUGCCCAUUAUCUGAAGUGCAGCGUCCACACUUCAGAUUGUAGGUCUGCUCAUAUUUCUAUUUGAUGCUCUAAAACAUAAAUUGCAUAAAAAAUACUUUUUUCCCAAUGAACACAACUUUUCUUUUAAGGAGCUGAGACAAACACUGACACCCUUGAGUUCACUGAGCUUGUAAUGAGCACAAAGCUCCAUCUAUCAGUCCUAAUAGGUACAGAAGAUAUUUAGGAGAAGUCAUGUACAGCUGCAGCUUUUGCUUGUUUAUAAAUGCAUGGUAUGACUGAACUGCUGAAAAAGUAAAGGAAUUUUAUGUGGCAGUUAAAUCAUUUUUCAUGCAUUCCACUCUCAUGGUCUCAGUAAUUGAGCAUGUUUAUAGAUUCACUGUCCUAAAAAUGCAAACAAAUGCUGCCAUUUGUUUUCUAUGGGGGCCAAUAGGGGCAGGUUAUCUGCAAUGACCUGAUCUUCAUGAGACCAAACAUGCUGCAAAAACUCCAAUGAUGCAAAUCCAAAACCAAUGCAAAAGCUGAAAUGCCAUGCAAAUGAGAAAAAAGACUGAAAUGACUGCAUUAACAGUAAAUGUGCUUCAGAUACACAAAAGAGGCAAAAAGCACACAAAACCAGAAGACGACUGCAGAGGAUAAACGCUGCAAAUCAGAUUUUUUAACAGACGUGCUCCAGAUUUGUGGGAGUGUCAAGUGAAUUAGCUUUUUUAGACAGAAAAGAAGACCAGAUACAGAAUUUAUCUGUUAUUAGACCAUGAAAUGACAAACACAGUCAGUCAAGAGUGUGUCUGUGUGUCCUUGUGUCAGAGUGUCCAAGUCUUUUUUAAGUGCAUAUUUGGCUGCUAGCCUUUACUAUUUGGCACGGUGCUAGUGUUGCUGCUUCUACCAACCAAUCAAAAACUAGAUUAGAUGGGACAGUUUGACCUGAUAACCAGGGAAAAUCGCAGAAUCAAUACAGCAGUAUUUGAGAUUAUUCUAUUAGCCUGGUUUAAAAAGAAAUGUAUUGAUCAAUUAUGUAUCCAUAAUUUACUGAAAGAUUUUUCAGCACUUAACUCUGCAAUUACAAAGCCCUUUGUGAUUUUGCACUAUUUUGCAGACCAGACAUACGUACCAGCUCUUGCACAUGUAUCAAUCUUUAAAAUGUGCUGUUGUAAUAACAUGGGUGCUUAAGUCAGUGUCUCUCAAGAGUAAUGCACAUCUGCAGAAAACUAUAGCCUAGCUUUCGCACCAGUUUUUCAGGCAGUUUCGCAUUAAAGGGGCAGAACUGUCAGUGAUCCAUUAUGGGGCACUCACACUAAGCACGAGUAAAAUCAUCUACUUGCUUAAUUGGUGUGAAUCUAGACUUGUGAAUGAAUAGUAUUUACUCGCUUCAUUCGUGCGGCAAAGCUGUUAUGCUUAUUUCAGUGGUAACCCCUGCCAAUCCAACCGGCAGAAUCAAGCGAUAGACAAAGGUUUUUUUUUUUUUUCACAAUUUACCAGGUAAUCCGAUCUCCUCACUCACUUGCCUCCAGGCGAGCUCCUUUUUUUUCCAGUUUCGGUAAUUGAAAGGAAAGGUAUCAUAUAAAUCGGGGCACCCACACCCCAACACAAUCAGUUUGUCCCCCCUUUUAGAUACCAGCGGACAGCCGUCCGUUUUGAUACGUCACCUUGAAACUUAGUGCUGAUAAAUUAUCGCGACACGAAUAUCCGUUCAAGUUGAUACAUUUUUAGCUCCUGCCCAAUUCUCGUCAUUCGCGCCGUCAGAGUAGUACGAGCAUCUAAUUGCGUCUUUGCACUGACUUAACAUGUAAUUCAUUCGCGUGAAUGAUUUUUCAGGCAACAAGAAAUGGGUUGACAGUUUAAAGCAGUUCUGCAGGUUGAUCAAACCUUGAAAGUUGGUGCUACAAAUUCCUACAGAUGUCCCAACUUUUCUUGAUCAAUUACAACCCCCUCUGUCUGCAUACAAUUAGUGUUGGAACACCCUUUGGUACCAUACCAUUGUGAGCAUUGUUUGAACAGUAUUUUACUGCAGAAAGUAGGGUGUUACCAUAAAAAUGGUGGGGAAAAGGCAAUUAACGCUUCUCCUACAGAGAAAUUGCCAAGAAAGUCAAGGUGUCAGUGAGUACAGUUUCCUUCACCAUCAAAAGGCACUUAGAAGCUGGGGGAAAUGCUGACAGGCAGAGAUCUGGCAGACCCAAAGCCGCAACAGCGUCAGAAGACAAGUUUCUGAGAGUCAACAGCUUGCAUGAUAGGUGGCUCACAGGACAACAGCUUCAAGCACAGCUUAAUAGUGGUUGCAGUAAGCAAGUCUCAGUUUCAACUGUGAAGAGAAGACUUCGAGAUGUAGGUUUGAUGGGUCCAGUUGCAGCAUGAAAGCCAUUGCUGAGACUUCAGAAUAAGAAAAAGAGGCUUGCCUGGGCCAUGAAACACCACCAAUGGACUACUGAAGACUGGAAGAAGGUGUUAUGGACUGACGAGUCAAAAUUUGAAAUGUUCAGUUUAUCAUGCAGGAUUUUUGUACGCCGAGUCGAGUAGGCGAAAAGAUGUUUGACUUUUGACUAGUCGUGUAUCCAUAAAGAUGGUACAGCCUUAAAUGGUUUUCUUUCUUUCUUUCUUUCUUUCUUUCUUUCUUUCAGGAAAAGAUGUUUCGCAGCUUCUCCUGACUGAAGACUUUCCAGCCACUCAUCAGUCUCCCUUAGGAUCACAUCCUCAGCUGAGCUCAUUCCUUAACCUGCCUCGCAGUGUGGACUAUGGGGCACAACACAGAGGACAGCAAGCCAGAACUGUGUGUCUGAACAUUAUGUCCAUGUCUUUGCUCGAGGACAGCUGUGGUAAACUGUAGGGACCUUGAAGGGACCUUAGCUCUGAAGGAGACAGACCACCCAGUAUGACCCUCCUCUUAUCCUCACACGGUGACAGGGGCUGAAGCUGGCCAAGCAUUACUGUGUGUGUGUGUUUGAGCAUAGCAGCAGGGAGUAUCUGCUCCAUCCCCGGUCCAGAGGGAGGUUUUAGCGGUCGAUCUUCGUGUUCCGGAUGCAGAACAUCCUCGAUCAGAACUUAGACAUGGCCACAGCUUUGCUCGCCGGCGAGAAGCUGAAGGAGCUGAUCCUGCCCGGCUCCUCCCAGGAUGAGAAGGGCGGUGCGUUGGCGGGGCUCAUGGUGCAGCUCAAACUGGAGUUGCCCUUCGAUCGAGUCGUCACCAUUGGCACAGUCAUCAUCCCCAUCCUGCUGGUCACGCUCGUCUUUACCAGGAACUUUGCAGGUCAGACUUCUGCCACUAGAGGGCAAUCACAGCUUCAGUAAAAACUCACGUUAAUCAGCAGCUGGUUCAUUGCACUCCUCUUUUAACAGAUGCAGUCUGUGCAAGACGGUAUUAUUAGAGUGUAAAGUAAACAAACAGUGCACUUUGUUUUCUUUUAAAGCAUCAAAAAUCUGAUAAAAGUCUGACCAGAAGAAUGUGAAACAGGUCCAGCAAGUCGAUCUAGCUGAGUCAGUCAACUCUAUUCAGAGCCAGCCAUGCACAGCUUUUGAGUCUCUUGUGACGGGCAGUGAUAAGAAGAGGUGUAAGUAGAUUAUGCAGGGCAGGAAAAGGAGCAUUGACAAAACAGAGAGUGUUAAAAGAAGACAGAGAGGCCAAAGAGCGAGUAAAAACUUGAAGAGAUGGAUUUUAUGAGGAGAGAGAGUGAGGAAGGGGUUUGGAUGGAGCGCAUGCUGGGAGCGAUGGAUGGGAAAGAUGUUUGUUGACUGCUGAGUCACUUUCUGCAAAGCAGCAGGAACCAUCUGGGACUGAGUGUCCAACUUUAGCAGCUGAAUGAUGUAGAAGUUAACACCAGUGCUUGGGUAUUCCCUCUUUGCUGAGUUUUAACCGUCCAACAGUUUAUGAAGAGUAAGAUCAUCCUGAAAACAUCCUCCCCUCUGAGACUGUCACACAGUAAAAUCAUACCGUUCUCACUCCCUGUAACAACUGAAAUACACAGAAUGACACGAUGACAACUGUGACAUCAACUCAAUCUACGAUUAUCAACCAGUCUUUAUUCAUAAAGCCCCAAAUGUUAUGUCAAGACCCAAGACUGUUAAAUUCUCUCCACACAUUGCUCUUCCAGCAUCUCUAACUGGACUGUAAACAAAUGCCCUGGAUAGAGAAGGUUCUGGCCCAGGGGCUGCUAUUACAAAUCACAGACUUUAAUUGGCCAUUGCUCACUGAUGAUGCUCCUCCAUCAGACAGUGAACACUGGAUUCAGUGAUUGGCAAAAACAUGGUGCCAAAAGAAAGCACUUGUGGCAGAGUACUUUGCUGAGUGUGACUAACAUUAGCAGGGCUAGUACCACCAGCCUUUGGUCCUCAUUACAGCCUAAUACCCUAAUUCCUGAGCUGGUUCCAAAUGGCUCUGGCUGAGUGUGCCAGUUUCACUAGACAACAUAAAACUUCAUUUCUAUUUCACUUUAUGUCACAUUUUUAUUGAAAGUUGAUGUAGAGAAGAUCAGACUAAGAGUCUUCAGAGACUUAUCAAGACAGGUUGACAAAGUUAACCUGGUUCUACAGGUCUACAGAGGAUCUUUAGCACUGGGUUGACCAUAAACCCUUGGCUGACCCUAAACCCCCCAAAUUUGUCCACCUGGUGAACACAGUAGAGUUUUUCACUUUCCAGAUCUGAGACAGACUCAAACUGAAUGACUGAAAGAUUCAGGACAACUAGAUAGACACCCAGAUCUGAGUGAUGUAAGGUACUUCCUUUAAACCCCUGAAAUGUCCUUGAAGGUUUCAGCCAAUGAGGUUUUUAGGACAUAUUCUUAAGACCCUUUUCCACUUCCAGGUAUGUGGUUUACCAAAGUGUUGGGGGUUUGUCUUGUCUGACUUUUCAAAUGCUUGGCACAGUUUUUGUACCUCAACAUCUUACCAAAGAAAUGGAAAAAUGAUAAAUGUAUAAAAGCUGACAGCCUAGCUGACAUUAUGCUCACUGGUGCACAAGAGCAUAAGAGCCUGAUCCAGUGACAUUCAGUUUUGGGACUGUGUUGGACCAACAAUCAAUCAUCUCAUGGACUGUGUUACUGUGAAAGACAAUCAAGGUCACAUGUCCUGACUGAAAGCUGAACAUGUUUGAUUUUUCUGUCUGCCUCCUAUAAUGCAUUUAGUGUCACUACCCAAUCAAAACACAGACCUCUGUGCAUCUGCAAAAGUCCACUUGUAGGAUGAUUAGGGUAAAAUUGAUUCUGUUUGGGUUGAUUUUUCUGUCUGUUCUUUCCUCAGAGGAGUCCAUAUACUGUUACACACCACACAACUUCACCAGAGACCAGGCGCUGUAUGCGCGAGGCUAUUGCUGGACGGAGCUGCGGGACUCUGUACCUGGGGUGGAGUCUCACCUUUGGCCUUCACUGUUUGAGCACAAGUUCCUGCCCUACGCCCUGUUGGCCUUCGCUGGAAUCAUGUACAUUCCCGCUCUGGGCUGGGAAUUCCUGGCCUCCACUCGGCUCACUUCAGAGCUCAAUUUCUUGCUUCAAGAGAUUGAUAACUGCUAUCAUCGAGCUGCUGAGGGCCGAGCUCCAAAGAUCGAGAAGCAGAUCCAAUCCAAAGGACCUGGCAUAACUGAGCGAGAGAGGAGGGAGAUCAUCGAGAACGCAGAGAAGGAGAAGAGCCCCGAGCAGAACCUCUUUGAGAAAUAUUUAGAGAGACGGGGCCAGAGCAACUUUUUGGCUAAGCUUUACCUCGCACGCCACCUCGCUAUUAUCUGCCUCAGCUCCAUCCCCAUUUCUUACCUGAGCGCCUACUACGCCCGUCAGAGGCAAAACGAGUUCACCUGUGCGCUGGGUGAGCCCCCUGACAUCAGCAGCUAUACAGAAUUAAAGCUGAAGGUGAACUGCAAGCUGCCCGCCGUGCAGCUGCAGCGUAUCAUGGCAGCUGUAGAUAUCGCUCUGCUCUGCACCAUGAACCUCAUCAUCCUGCUCAACUUGUUGCACCUGUUUGUUGUGCGUAAGUCCAACUUUGUUUUCGACAAACUGCACAAAGUGGGUAUAAAAACACGCCGGCGCUGGCAAAAGUCCCAGUUCUGUGACAUCAACAUCCUGGCCAUGUUCUGCAACGAGAACAGAGACCACAUCAAGUCGCUCAACCGGCUGGACUUCAUCACCAACGAGAGCGACCUCAUGUAUGACAAUGUGGUCCGGCAGCUGCUGGCAGCGCUGGCACAGUCCAAUCAUGAUGCCACACCAACUGUCAGGGAUUCUGGGAUACAGACACUUGAUCCAAACAUGGACCCUAGUGAUCUGGGAGUCGGAGAGAUUGCCGGGGAGCCGCUGGUCAUCAAACGGCCACGCAAGAAGAUGAAAUGGAUCCCUUCGUCAAAUCCUCUCCCACAGCCAUUCAAGGUACAACAGCUGACGGAGGUCUGCAGUCGCAACUCAUAAAAACUUAUGAAAUUACUGAAAUGGUAGUACAUCUGUGUAUAUUUAUAGGUUCUUAUUACUGAAUACCUACACGAUUCCAAAACACAUAAAAAAUCUCAGGUUACACUCCAGCGAAUAAGCAGUCCCCACAAACCCCGCCUAUAAUAGCUAACAAGUACCAUAAAAGGAGGUGUGGAAAUGUGCUUCCUGUGGGCCGGAGGGCUGCGUGGGUUUCAUUUUAGGCCAGCGUCUAUGAUUUGUGGUGGGUCAGUGGAAUCAUAAAACACCUAAGAGGGUGACCCCUGUAUCCUAUGGAUAAACCAUCAGGCUUCUGCAUAAAACACAUGAAAGGAGGCCUCAAGAAAACAAACGCAAAUUAGAGGGUAAGAAUUUCAAUCAGCCCACACAGAUUGAAAAUGUGUGCACCAUUCAUUUCCUUGGGGCUCUGUACACAUGCUGUAAUGUAAACAGGAUACGCUCUUACAAAUAAUCCAGUCAUCUCUCAUUGCUUCAUUCUCCAACGAGUCCCACUGGUGCUGUUGUGCAGAAUGAGGCUGUCGUGCAUCUUACCCGGCCACCAAGCAACAAUGUUAAGCGACAAACAUUCAGCAUCAUGAAAAUUUAAAGAGACCCACUGACUAUGCGUGCAGAGUAAUAUGGUCCGGGUUCGUUCUCAGUUUCUUUCACUGCUGCAGAAUUUCCUGGACUGAAGGUUUUGCUAUGACUCAGUGACCCUACGUUGUGUUUCUGUCAUUCCCCAAAGGAACCUCUCACUCUGACUCGUCUGGAAAAUAACACCAAACCUGAAAAACCCAAACCACUCAGACGGAAGACAGUGGCUGACAACUUCAUCGCACCACUUCUGGACACCAAAAGCACACAAUAUCCUGCAACUAAAGGUAAGGCAGGAGACUAGGACUUGGAGAGUUUUCAUUGAAAGAGCUCUAACUGCACAAGUAUAGAGGAAAACCUCUAAAUCAUCUUUGAAAACACACUUGUACUGAUGUUCUUUUACAGGCAGGAUCUGGUGAAUUAAUUGUUUUCAUUGUUUUAUGGGGAUUUUAUUGUCCCCUUUAAUCCUGGAUUAUUUUGGUGCUCAUUUAAGUCCGGUAUAGCUUAUUUAAUGUAAACAGAUACAUUCCUGCAAGCAUGCGAAAACAAUCCACUUUACGAUGAAAUUUCUGCACAAGGGUUGCUCUUCUAAUAAUCCAGAAAAUCCAUCUCUGAGGACAUCCAGCAUAGGACAACAUUAUGGCACUGGCCAGUAACUAAAGUCAAGUGUUCAACUAGUAGCCAAUGGCUGAGCUCCAUGAACAGUAAUAGAUAGAGAUGCUCCUGUACUGCUCACCACUGGUUUAAGAUGGCCAUCGUUCCCCAUCAGACUGCAGACAGUGCAUUCAGAGAUUUGAAAAAACACAACAUCCUUUUCUUCAAGAUGUCUGAAUAAGAGACUCUUUGCUACACACUCACUGUAAACCUUCUUCAAUGUUCUUUUUAACCCUACACCUCAUUUCUGUUUGUAGAUAUCAGCGCGAUGGAGAAAAAACACACUCGUAAUUUCUCUCUGGAUGUCCACCCGUACAUGCUGACUAUCCGUAAGCCGAAGGUGGAGACCACAACCGCAGAACCUCUACCACCAGAGCACAACUUGGACGCAGUGUACCUGGAAGGCACUCACACUAUUGUUCAUGUGUCUGGUGCAAUCACAGGUAACUUUGGGUGAAAUAUUCAAAGACUCCUGCGGUACUGGCCAAGAGAUGAAUGCAAUCUGAUGUAGAUAUGUAUGGGCAUAUAUUGCAUGUGGCAACCACCUAACUUAAAUGACCCCACUUUAAAAAGCUAGAGACUCAAACUUUCUCCUCUUCUUUUCUGCUUCAUCUGUACUUCCUUCUUGUCUCCUCAGAAACGAAGGUCUGUUCUCCAGAAGCGACCAACACUGCCUUUUCUACAAUGACCCUGCCCACAACUUCGUAUGUAAAUGGCGUGAGCCCAAACCCUCCCUCCAGUGAAGACGCCCUCAGUCCAAAGUCCUCUCCUCCUCAUGCGGAACCUCUCCUCCAGACGGGCAACCCAGAGUCUCAGCCUCCACCCCUGACCAGAGCCCCCACUCACCAGCUGCUGGGAAUACACCACACCUUGUUCGAGGAAGAGGAGGAUGAAGAAAACAGACGAGACCGGCUGGCAGAGAGGCCGGGGGAGCUUAUCGCUGCAGGGGAGUGCUGAAGACGGAGAAGGAAGAGAUUUCUUUCCCACCAACACUGGGCACGCCAUGUCAGUCACCUUCUACCAAAACCUCUGCUCUUAAACUAACCUCUGUGACGGUGGACUGAUGAGUGGAGAGGAGAUUAAGUCAUGGUAAAAACAAGUUUCAGAUGUGAAAACUAUUGGAAGAGGAUAAGACGACAAAGUUUGUGUUUGAAAAUGUUGACCAGAGUAUUUUUAAAGGAAGCGAUGUCACGUUUAUGUCUCAGGAUGACGACAACACCCUCCGAUGAAACCAGCAGUGAUAUAUUUCAACAGGGUGCUACAGGUACUUUUCAAAGGUCUAAUGACAGAAAGAGCAGCGCUGAAAGCUGAGAGCUUUUUUCAAAAAAAAAAAAAUGAAACACCUUAUCGAUGCAUAUCUGCAAAAAGAAAACUGCAUUUCUCCUUCUAACUUAAUGUAUUUUAGGCACAUAUUAUCUAUAAUGCUUAGUCCCUUUAUUAUCCCACUUAGCUGAGUAGAAAGGUAGCUCACGCAAUACAGCUGUUGAGAUCUGCACAAUUUAUAUGCAAAAGAUCACAAUAUGUUUGUGGCAAUAAUGUAUGCGCUUACUGCAUCAUCUUUCACAAGAGGCGAAACAUACUUAGGCACUGUAAAAGAGUCAGUGUUUGUUGGGUGUUUAAAUAUUACACAUUUCACGGCUUUAUCACCAUCAGAUUAGGAAUCUGCGUCAGAACUGACUCUGCUAUACUUGCACGUCAUUAAGAGUAGAAAAAUUUGAGAAUUUUAGAAACAAAUGGCAAAGAAAAAAAACUAAUAAAAAAGACGAGAUAAAAAUUAGACAGAGAAACUGCCAGAGUAGUCAAACAAGUACCAGAUCAUUUAAGAAGCAGAGAGAGUUUUUUCUUUAAAACUCAAACAGCAGCUCCAUAAUGACGAACGGAGCUGCUCUCACUGAGAAAAGUGUGUGACGUUAGUAUUUUGUUGGCUUUUAGCUGUGACGUGAAGUGAAUGGAGUGAUGAGUAGUCGUGAAAUCUUUCCCAAAUGAAAGGUUUAUUAAAGAAAAAGAACAACCUUUUAAAUUGUCAUUUAAAGUUUCCAACUCAAUAGAAACUCUUCCAUUAGCUCUGUUCUGUCUCAUUACGUGUUUCCAUCUGUUUUAAAGAAAUCUACAGAGGCCCUGAGUGGACAUGCACCCAAACAGUGAGUACCAACUAGGGAUGUAACGAUAUGAAAAUUUAACAUCACAAUUAUUGAGACCAAAAUUAUCACGGUUAUCAAUAUUAUCAGGGUAUUGUUGAAAUGUGUUUAAAAUGUUUAAAAAGUACUUAUACACGCCCUGAAAUCAUUUAACAAAGUGUUGUUUUGAAAAAACAAUCAAAAUAACACACAGAAUGAACUUUUCCUUAACCUUAAAUAACAGAGGAACGAUAAGCUUAAAAAAUUAAAGAUGGGGCCUUAAAAGAGCCAGAGGUAAUCAACACUAGUACUAGUAAUAACAAAGUACAAAGUAAUGUGCCAGUGGCAUAAACAUGAACAUAAUAACAAAUAAAUAAAUACAAUUUAAAUAAAAUGACAUUCCUUAUUGUGCAAAUUGUAAGAAUCUUCAGUGCUCAAAAUGAUCUACUCUUACAAAUAUAAAACAGAGCAACACUACUAUAUGAAACAAUACAACCACAUAUAAACAAAGGUGUAGUGCAGGCGUUUAAAAUAACAUAAAAUAUGUAAACAAAUCAAAUAAAACACACCGAUUAUCUGUUUUCUCCACCAUAAGGUGCUGCUGCUGACUUUUUUCACUACUUGAAAUUGAAAUGUAAAAUGUCAGCAUAUUUACCUUCCUGGUUCGAGUCGUGAUCUGCGAGGGGAAACGAUGUGCACUGAAUAGCGUCUCAGAUGGCACGCUGAUUGCUGGGAUGCACGAAAGCUUCUUGGCAACCCUCGCAACCCUUUGUAGAAGCCGAAAUGCGCCCAGACUUCGGACUUUGUUUUCUCUGACAGGGGAAAAUUCUCUGCAACACGGUUGGCAGUACUGCCCACAAAACUGCCCUUCGCCAAGUUGUGUACUGCGCAAUGUACAUGCGCACGGCGCGCCUGUGUCCGAAGGACUCCUGUGUGCGGCUGCUCUUCCCAGCGCUGAGUAGUCUGUGCGCUUUUCCAGAGUGCGGCAAUCAAACACAGUUUUAACGGUAAUUAAAAUUUGAAACGGCAGUACUAACCCUACUUUACCGCGGUUUAUCAUUUUACCGGUAAUCGUUACAUCCCUAGUACCAACCCAGACUAGUGAAAAAUGAGAAGGCCAAAAUGUCCAAAACCAAAAUUUAGUUUCUGUUUGACUGCAAAUGAUACUGCAUACUGAGCCCUGUAAACCCCAGACCUGACUGACUCUGCCCACUAUGACUCUUCAUUGGUGUAGUUUAAUGAUAUACAGUGUUUUAUUUUAAACAACAAAGAUCAAUAGCUUUGUAAAAAGUAACACCUCAAGUUUUUUCUAAUUCUCUGUUAGUGGAAAAGCAGCCACACAAAGCAUUUCAGGCUGAAGUUGAAUAAAGUUGAAUAAAGGUUUUCACUGAUGCCUGUAUAAGAUAAAUUAAGAGAUUUUUGAGAAGCGUUUUAUGCAAAGCUAACGGGUGAUCCAGUUUGACAUAAUGAAAGGCCACUCAACUGGUGCUGAUUUUUGCACCAGCAGGACCUAUUUUCUUUUCAAACUAAACACACAUCAGAGUUUUCAACACAAAAUCAUAUGAAUCAUUUCUGUUCUUGCAAAAAUCAUAUGGUAUUUUAUGCAUUUGUUUUUGCUUCCAGAAACCCUCUUUUUUUCACGAGCAUCAUGUUUGUGUUCUCUUUGUUGGCCACUGUAAAAACGCCCUCAGCAUCAGCCAUUAUUGUGGCUGGACUCUCACCUGAAGAUAGCUCAAAUUGUGUAACAUUGCAGCGCUUCUCUGUGUCAAUUCUUGACCACCCACCGAUUGGAAUCAAGAAAGGGUGGGACUUCUGACAACACCUUCACAGAAAAUAUGGAGGUCCACACAGGAGAAAAAAAAUCAAACUAUUUAAGCACUAUUUCUAGGUCCCGAGCGGCUAAAACAAAAAAGUAGGGCUGCAUGUCUACUCAGGGCCUCCAUAGAGCAAUGGCAAUCAGUUCAUGGUUAAUAUAAGCAUAAAUGUCUAUCAACACUUUUCACAGAAUGACUCAAGGGAUGUCUGCCAAACAUAACCUCAUCUUUUCACUCUUGGUUACAGGAAUAAAGGAACUGUGCACACGGACUCAAACACCAAUAUGACAUCUACUGUAGAAAACCACCUCUUCUGGGGCAUUCAGCAAAUACACACACACAGUAUAAGAUUUGUGUAGGGAAGCUUUAAUCUAAUGGCUUCCAGUCAUCAUCCUCUGGUGAAAUUUAAUGAUCCAUCUCAUUAUUAUGGCACAGGGUUGGUCAGAGGUCUCGUGUUAGAUCACUCAAGCACACUAAAUGCAUCCAAAAGCACUUUAAGACUUUGUAGCGCGAGUGUGUGAGAGCAUGUUACAUGCUUCAGCACAGCUCUGCUGAUAAAGAGAAACGUUUGUUUUUUUCCACAUUCAGAUAGUUGCAGAAGCUUCAUGUUGGUAUAAAAGUGGAAAAAGGGUCAGGAGGACUUUGGUUGUACUGUGUCAAAUGUCAAAAAUGAAUACAUAAUUAAAACACUUACUUUCUGAAGAAA